UCGAAGUGCCCCACCCCGCUGCACCGAUGUCACCUGACUCCCCUUCCCGUCUUUACGUACUCGGAAAUGCCGAGCUGCGCUUCUUUCACUUUCGCAUUCCACUUAAGCGAUUUGACAAUGGCCAGCGGCGGCUGGUGCGAUGACCGCGUCAUAUGCGCCGUGUGCCUGGACAUGCUUAAAGACCCGGUGACCAUCGGCUGCGGGCACAACUACUGCAAAGAGUGCAUCCAGAAAUUCUGGGACCAACCUCAGCAGGCAGGUGCCUACAGCUGCCCACAAUGCCGGGAAAUCUUCGUCUUGCGGCCCACCUUGUGUAGCAACACCCUGCUGGCCGAAAUGCUGGAGAGCUUACGCCAGACCAGCCUGGAGAACGACACUUUGCCACCCGAAUGCUGUGCCCAAGCAGACGACGUGCUCUGCGAUUUCUGCCCGGACGUGAGGCGUAAGGCGGUGAAGUCGUGUCUUAUUUGUUUGGCGUCUUACUGUGAGAGGCACGUCCGCAGCCAUGAAGAGGCUCCACUCCUCAGGAAUCACAAACUGGUCAGCCCGUUGGCACAACUGGAUCAAAAGAUAUGCCAAGAACACCAGCGCGCCCUCGAGCUCUUCUGCAGAACCGAUCAGAAGUGCAUCUGCGUGCUGUGUCCCGACAAGACGCACAAAGGCCACAACACGGUGUCCGUGGAGGCCGAGUGGGCAGAGAAGCAGAAGCAGAUGAAGACAACAUUGGAAAAAAUAAAGCAGCAGAUGGAGGAACGGCAGGAAGUGCAGGAGAAACUGAAGCAGACAGUACAGCAUGUGAAGAACUCCACACAGGUUGAGAUAAAGGCGUGUGAGGAGAGCUUCAAGCAGAUGAUCCACUCCAUUGAGAAAAUGCGUGACAAUGUGAUCCAGUUGAUGCGCACACAGGAAAUGUCAAGAGUGAGUCAACUUGAAAGCCUGAUAAAGCAGUUGGAAGAGGAGCUUGAAGGGCUAAAGGAGAAAAUGACCGACGUGGCUGAGCUGUCCAACAGUGAGGACCACCUCCACUUCCUGCAGAACUUCCAUGUUGCCUCCGUUCCUCCUGAAAUGCGGGAGAUACCCAGUGUUCCCAGCAAUACAGAUCUGCCCUUGAAGGCUGUGAGGAAAGCAGUUACUGACUUUUCAAAAUGCCUACAGGAGAUCAUUGAUAAGGACGUGGGAAAAAUCAACAAAAUAGGGUGGAAAAAUGAAUCUGUUGCCUUGUUGGAAGAAGACCCAAGGGCAGAUAGCAAAUUUUUAAAAUAUACCUGCUGUCUAAUGUUGGAUCCCAUCACAGCCCACAGGAACUUAAUUUUGUCAGAGGACUUGAGGUCUGUGAGAGUGUCAAGACAGGCCCACCCGUAUCCCAGCCACCCACAGAGAUUUGAUCGCUACCAACAGGUUCUGUGCCAAGAGGGUCUGUUCUCUGACCGCUACUACUGGGAGGUGGAGUGGAACAACGGGCGGGUUGGCAUUGGUGUUGCUUACAAAGGAAUUGGCCGCAAAGGAGGCAAGGACCCCUGUGGCCUCGGAUACAACAGUGCCUCCUGGUGCCUGGAGUGGUCGGGGAGCAACUGCUUUGCCCACCAUGGUCAGCAGCACAUCCCUGUCACCUCUCCCCUCUUUCCCCGGAUUGGGGUGUACCUGGAUUUUCCAGAAGGUAGCAUCUCAUUUUAUGGUGUGUCAAACACAAUGACCCUCCUGCACCGUUUCCAGGCCAAGUUUACCGAGCCGCUUUAUCCAGGCUUCUGGCUUUAUGUCUAUGACAGUAUGGUGAAAAUCUGCGAGCCAAGGGGGGAUCUGCCAGCUUUGAGUUAGGUGAGAAAGUCUGAGCAGUGGGAUUUUAAACUUAUGUUAAGGUGACUGGAUGAUUUAACAGCAUUCUCACAACAUAAUUCUGACCGUUUUAUUCUUGUGUGACAUACUGCAUAGCCCAAAUGCUAAAUCAAACCUUAGUGGAAAGUUUGUUAAUAAGUCAAGCCUUAAAAUGCUACUGUAUCUAUUCAUCAAAACCCGUUUUAAUAAUAGGAAAGGCUUUUGGAGCUCACCAAGUUUUUUUUAUUGUAUUUGUCUACUCUCACAGCCUAAACUUCACACACACACAAGUAUGUAUGUGUGAUGUCUACACUGAUAGUCACUGCUUAGCACUCCGCAGAGGGAUUUACUAGCUUUAGUUCAAACAACACACGUAUGUCCCUGAGACACUUGGAGGCUGGUAAACCUUGGUUAAGACCACUGACCAAUCACCGAUGCGUUUAGUUCUUUUGAGGUGUCCCCCUCAACCUACUAAGCCUGGUGAGAAAGACAGUGGAAAUGUCCCCACGUUAGGUGCCAUGUUGUUUACUUUAUUGCUUCAGUUAUUCCAGUUAAAAAAGACAAGGUAUGGAAAUUUAAAAGCAACUUGGUUUUUAUCAAAAUUGAAUAAUACAUGUAGAACAAAAUAUAACAGAGAAACAAAUAUGUAUAUAUGUAUAUAUAUAUUCUUAUGGUAAAUUUACAGUAAUGUCGAAAAGGGUGUUCUCUUCAGUGGCUUUUAGAUUCUGUUGUCGUACUGAUACAUUAUUUACAUUCUCCAAUGCCAUGGUGUCUCCUUUGCUGAAGUGUGAGUACUUCUUUCUCUCUCUGACGUUGAUUACGGGUCCCUCAGAUGGACCGUUAUUUAUGCCAAACAUCCAUGUGGAAUUCUGGAUCUCUUGAUAUUACACUCAUGCGAUUGGCUACUCUAUCUUGGUGAUGGAUGGCUCUGCCUAAAAGCUUUGAUCCUUGUACUUAUUAUAUGUGCAAUCUCGUGCUGUCUUCAGUUCUUUUACUAUUAAAUUGUAAAUUGUCAUUUUACCAUAAAUUACAAGGAACAACGAAUGUACAGAUGUAGUCCAGUAAACAAGAACGAGAAUAUGUAAGAAAGAAAGAAUGUACAAAUGUAUUUAGUUCAUAAAUUAUUGGUGAUAACGAGAGAAGGCAUGUGGGUGUUGUUAGGUAAAUUGCCUUCAUGGGUCCCGUAAAUUGCCUUUGUAAAUUGUGAAUUGUCCUUUAUAGUUGAUUGCAGUUUAUAUGAGAAAAAAGUAAAAACUUGUAAAUAGGUAGACUGAA